UGAUUACAUUCCUCAUUACGACUUCACUUCGUAAAGAACAAUGGGCGCCUAAACAAGACUUUGACAAGGGGAACAAACAGAAGUGACCGAGAAACCUACUCGAUUGAAAUCACCGAAGACCGCUAGUCUCAGGUUCCAUAUUCGUUCUCAAUUUACUCGAGCCUGGCCAAACUUGCGAAAAAAAUAACUGUCACUAAAACAAUCAUCUUGGAAAAAUCGAUAAGUUCUCAGAAUAAGAGAGAAAAAACAAAAGUGUCUAGAAGACAUUUGAAUGUUGUGGGACAACGAGAUUGUGUGGUAGAAGGUUAAAUUCUUCUUGAAGAGAAUUACAACGGUCAUCGGAAGUAGGACAAGAUGACAGUUGUUGCACCGGGCAGGGAAUUCAACAUUUACGUGACUCACGUGGACACAGAAGGACCUCUCCUUCGGGUUUGGGGUCAAGUUGAAGAAAAUGCUGGACUGAAGAUCGAGUCUCUGAUUAGGUCGAUGAAUGAGGCCUUUCAGAAUGGAUUUGGGGCCAUUCAGCGUGAUACACAAUUGAGACCAGGUAUGACUUGUUGUGCAUUUCACGAGGAUGCCUUUUAUCGAGCGAAAAUCGUGAGACCCAACAGUGGAAAUGGAACAGUAUUCGUGCACUUUAUGGAUUACGGAAAUGUCGAAACUGUGUCGUAUGAGAGCAUUAGGAUCUUGGAUAACACCCCGGAGAGCAUUCAGCUCCAGGAUAUGCCGGCUGCUGCCACAGACUUCAUCAUGGCAGAUGUCCUGCCUUUCAAGGACUCCUGGGAACCCUCUCUCGUUGAUCAUAUCAAACUCACAUUGAGGUAUAUUUACAUGCCAGGAAUUUGUUGCUCGGUUCUCAAAAACACCAAGAAGACCCUCAAGCUCUUCUUCAAUGGCGAGGAUUACGCCGAGUUCAUGAUUAAUAAGAAAAUGGCUAUUCCUGCUACCAGCGAGGAUCUGGCUAAUCUACUCAACGUACCUAUGCCACUGCCAGCAGUCCCCUCAAGCCAAUACCGCCAGAAUCGUCCAAACAUGCAGCAGUACUACCCCUCACAGUCACACCACCCCCCUCACCACCACUACCCACCCUCUGACGCCCUGAAUCACACUCAUCUCCACAACUACCACAGCAACCACAUCUACCAAAAACCGAAAUCCCAGAAUUACCAAAACUAUCCUCGCCAGACCCAAGAGAACUGGCGUCAGCAGACUCCUCAGCAACCCCUCUACAUUCCACCACGUUCUCACCCCCCCAUCUCCACGACAAACCCUCACCGCCAUCACUCCCCGAUAAAAUCCACUCCAAAAACUGCUCAAUCAAUGGUGAACAGAGUCUUGAAAUAUCGAAAAUAUCCAGUGGUAAUUUCCUUCGUGGAAGAUGGACCCCUGAAAUUUGCUGUUCAACCUGAGGAGAACCUGGAGGAGCUCGUAGCCCUGAUGAAGCGCAUAAGCUCUUGCCCUCUGAAGCUGCUGUCAGAACCCCCAAUUCCAGGAUCAGUUUGUCUGGGUCGUUACUCCAAGGAUGGUACUCUCAGACGAGCAGUUGUUCGUUCAGUAACAGAUUCAUUUCAAGCAAAAGUCUUCUACAUCGAUUAUGGCUCCAGUGAGAUCCUCUCUCACUCUGAUAUCUACGAGCUGCCCCUGGAGUUUGCUCAUCCCAACGUAUUCUCGAUAAGAUUCACUCUGAGCAGGGUGCAGUAUUUAAUCGUCAGUGAGGAGAUGAAGAGAUAUUUUCACGAACUCGUCGAGGGCAAGAGGAUGAUUCUGGAUGUGGUACCACCAGAAGACUCACCACUGAUGCAGUAUGGACACCUCUGGGAUAAUGAUAAGAAUAUCCUGGAAAUGCUGAUUGCUAAAUUUCCCGGAUGCACUGAGAAUUGGCCUGAGAGGAGACUCUUGAACAGAGGUGUCAAGAAGCUCGUUCAUGUCUGCUAUGUGGAGGGAUGCAGCAAAUUUUACAUUCAACUUGAUGACGACACGAAUACCCUGAACAAAUUGACAAGUACUCUUGAGGAGUGCAUUAAGACUGCACCUCCUGUCAAGCCUGCAUCUAUCACACCUGGAUACAAGUGCCUUGCACAUUGUAAUGUUGACUCUCAAUGGUACAGGGCUAAGGUAAUCAAGUUGUCUGGGAAUCAAGUAGUUGUUCAUUACGUUGAUUAUGGAAAUAAUGAGAUUAUAUCGACGUCUGCGUUGAGGAUCGUCGGGGGAGAGGUGCUUACCAGGAUCCCAGCAUUGGCAAUUAAAUGUGCACUCAGUGAUUUUCAAGGGAAGGAUCUUUCUGAUGACCUUGAUAAUCAGUUUGAGAAAAUGGUCAUGGAUAAGGUACUGGAAAUGGUAGUGCUCGAUCAUCAUACUGAGGGAAUUGUGGUGAAACUGUUCGAUAAGAAUGCAGUACCUACGAUGGAUUUCUUCGAGGAGAUGAAAAAGAUUCAGCAGAAAACAUUGACUGAGGCACCGGUUAAGAAUGACGUGCCGACCUCCUCUUCGAGACGUGGGAGAAGGUCCGGUGUAAAAACCCAACCCCAGGGCCAACCACAAAAGUCGAAAUCAAAAAACGUUAGACACUCACGCGAUGAAUCCGACACUUGGAAGGCCUCAGAUCUCCCAAAGAAGACGUGGAAGGACGAGGAGAACGAGCUCAAGCGUCAGGAUAUCCAGACGCAACGAAACGGGCCCCAGGAGUGGGCGAAAGCCCCUCAGAACGAUCGAUUCCCUCGAAACGAUCGACCGAGUAGAGAUCCCCCUCGCCAGGAUCGCAACGACAACCACUCCGAACGCUCUCCCCACGACUUCAACAGAUCCAACCGCUCAAAACCCUCAACUCCUCCUAGAUCAGAGCGAAACACCUCGAUGGAGAAAUCCUGGAGCGACAAAGACUCGGACACCUCUUCACGAAGUGGAGGAAGACGCGGAGAACGUCCCCCCCGAGGAGGAAGCAACAGACCCCCAAGAAACGACUUCCAAAGAUCCCCAAGGGACCCUGAGUCCAAUGAAAGCAGUUUUAGAUCCCCAAAAUCACUGAACCACUCAAAUGCUCCUCGAGGAAGAUCUCCUAGAGAUUUUGGUGGCAAUAACAGACGUCCAAGUGACUCCAGGGACUCCAGGGACUCCAGAAGACCCGCCUCUGCACACUCUCACCCGUCCAAUUCAUCCUCCAACUCUUGCUCACCACCUAAACCUCAAAAAUCUCAACAGCUGAAAAUUCCACCCCCCAAUAUCACCCUGGGAGCCAUCAAGAACUGCGAACUCAUCUACAUGGUGAGCCCUCUGGAUUUCUGGGUCAUUCUUCACCCUGAUUUUCAAGAGCUCGAGGGAGUAAUGGCGAAAAUAGCUGAGAUCUACAAAUCAGGUGGUCAGGUAAUACCUGAGACUUCUCUCAAACCUGGAACUGACUGCAUUGCUCAGUUCUCGGAGGACUCAGAGUGGUACAGAGCAUCUGUGGAGGAAGUAACACCAGCUGGUGCUAAAGUGCGAUUCGUGGAUUAUGCAAAUACUGAAGUUGUCCCUUUUGAUAAAAUCAAGGACAUCACGGAAGAGGUCUGUAAGCUAUCAGCCCAGGCAGUUCACGUAAAGCUCUUGGCAGCUGUUGAAAAGGAUUGGGAUUCCAAGGAAGUAGAGGCAUUCACAGCAGCUCUUGAGCUGAAAACCCUGGAGGCUGAGUUCGUUGGGCUCGAGAAGAAAAUUUAUACUGUUCUUCUUCGAGAAGUUGUAGACGGCGUGCCCCAUGUGCAGUACAUCAACGAGCAGUACAGCGAUGGUGUCGAUCUGGUGAGGGCUAAGGAGUUGUCUAGAAAUAAGAGUAGGACCUCAAACCUGUCGAGAAGACCCAGAUCAUCACCACCGGAUUAUGCCCUCAUCGAUCACAAGUGGAAGGAGCGUGUUGUCGAUCUUGAGGAGAGAAUUGAAGUCUUGGUGACUUGGCUCCUGAAUCCCCAUAAUUUUUACUGUCAAUCAUUAAAAGCUGAGGAUGAAUUCAAGAAGAUGAUGACUGAGAUCCAGAGGGUUUACGCUGGAAGAACACCUAUGCAGGAGCCUUUGGAGGUGGGGAGUGCUGUAAUCGCUGUUUUUGCUGAGGAUGGGGCGUUUUAUCGGGCUGAGGUACUCGAGCUCAAUAAACUCAGGGGGAAUAUCGUGAGAUACGUAGACUUUGGUAAUUGCGCCAUGGUGGAGGCCAAGAAAACAUUCAGGGUGGAGAAGCAGUUCAUGGAGAUGCCCAAGCAAGCGUUCAACUGCACUCUGAAGAAUGUUAUUCCUGUCAGUGGAGAUAACUGGGUCAAGUCCAAUUCUCAUGAGAUUGAGAAACUUUUUAAUGUGGAGAAAUUCGAGUGCUGCUUCCACGAGGUCAAGGAUUAUAAGUACACGGUGUCGAUGAUGGUGGAUGGAAAGGACCUCGCGGGGGUCAUGGUGGAGAAAAGACUUGCUGAUUUUGCGGUCUCGGCGAGUGUCCCAGAGGUUGUGGAAACUGUUGAGCCAGGGCAACCUGAGACUGAUGGACAGGUACAGGAGAACGGGAUCAGUGAGCAGCAACCUGUGAGGAUCGACAUCAGCAAGUUGGAAGGACAGACUCUCAGGGUCAGAGUGUCCAAUGUCGAAGGGACUGGACGCUUUCAUGUUUUACUACCUUCUGCUGAUCAGUGCCAGCAGGGCAUCGCUGAAUUCAUGGCUGGGAAGGGUGCUGAGGUGUUGGCGAAACUAUCGAAGCGUGAGGUGUUCCUUGGGUCAGGUUGUCUAGUUGAAACCAAGGGUGGAUGGGAGCGUGCCGUUGUCAUUAGUACCUCACGUUCCACUGGCUUUGACGUCAGGCUCAUUGACACUGGAGCCAAACUAGUGAUACCAAUGGACUGCAUGCUGGCGUUGCCACCGCAAUUGGCAGUUAUGCAGAAUCAAGCAGUCGAGUGUUACGUGAAGAAUGCGAAUUCUUCUGCUGAUAUUGACAUGAAGUUUAAGACAACUGUGGAGAAUAAGGAAGUGAUCAUUCGAGUUGAGAAUGUCGAUAAUAACAGACUCGCAGUAUCAAUCUUUGACACAACUGGCCAGAAGAUUAAAAUCACUCCUAACGAUCCGGAGGAGACAAUCUGCCCCCUCCUGGGCACCCCAAUAAUCCACUCAGUAAAUAAAGUGACAAUAUCACACGUAAAUCACGCGAAGAGCCUCUACCUUCAAAGAGUAUCUGAUAUUCCGUUGCUACAGUCACUCCUUGACGAUCUCUUCAACUUUUACUCGACGUCAGGACGUCCUCUGAACCCCCAGGCCCUCCCCCAAACACUCUGCGCAGCCCAGAGUCAGGAUGAGAACUGGUACAGAGCGAAGAUCCUGAAGAGUAGCCAGACAGGAGCCCUCGUCCAGUACCUGGACUAUGGGAAUUCAGAGCAUGUCCCCUCCGAGUUGCUGAAGGAAUUGGAACCCCAGCACAUGAUAAAACCGCACGUUGCUCUCGAGGUCUCCUUGUCAGUGAACCUGAAGGGAUCCGAAUCAGAGCAGUUCGAGGCACUUAAACCCCUCCUCCUGGACAAAGAAUUCACAGCCUCUCUCUACAACAUCCGAUCAAAAUGGAUCGUCGAGCUUGAAGACUCGACAGGCACGAAAAUAAGUCAAAUCCUGGGGUCUUCGGAUCUCCUCCAACAAGAGGAAGAGCCGAAGAAACCAGAGAUCGAUCCCUCAGAACCCGAGGAUAUGAUUGUGGGAGGAAAAUACAAAGUGGCAGUGACUCAUGCAGACAAUCCAGCCCAGUUCUACAUUCAACGUCUCCGAGACGUACCAGCAAUUGACGAUCUUCAGGAGAAACUCCAGGCAGAAGUGCCUAGCUAUUCCCACGUGGAGGGAAUCCCAGAGGAGAAUCUUUUCUGCGCUGCAACAUACUCAGCUGAUGGUUUCUGGUAUCGUGCUGAGGUCAUUGAUGCUGAUGAGGAUAUUGUGACAGUGAGAUUCGUUGACUUUGGGAAUACGGACAGCAUUACUGAUAUCAAGAAUGGAAUAAAAUACCUGCCGGAGUCGAUGAAGUCAAUCAAAAGGUAUGGGAUCAAGUGCAGAUUGGAUUUGAUACCUUCCGGUGAGGAGGACUGGUCUGAAGGGACAUGCGAGAAGUUCCUGAUGAUGGCGACAGCUGAGGAGUUCAUCGAUGCCGUUGUGACAGCUGAUGGUAAUCCCAAGAGGCUGGAAUUAUUCGUUGGAGAUGAGAACAUUGGGGAUAAACUUGUGGAGGAAAAAUUGGCAAUUAAAGUCGACGGAGUUGAGGAUAUCUUCGAUGAGAUUAUUCACAGGGAACUCGAUCCAAGAGCAGCUUUUGUCAGUCAUAUAAAUUCUCCAAGUGAGUUCUGGGUGCAGGAGGAAAAGUUUGUGGCUGACCUGGAGACCAUUGCUGAUAGAUUCGUGGUGGCUGAUAUGUUUGGGAGGAUCGAGGAGGUCCAGGAAGGAUCCCUUUGUGUUGCGAAGUUCCCUGAGGAUCAGAAUUGGUACAGGGCUAAAGUUAUCUCUCAUGGUGAUACUGGGACCAAUGUAAUUUACAUCGAUUACGGAAAUUCAGCGGUUUCUACGGAAAUCAGGCAAAUCCCUGAGGAUCUCGCUGCUAUUCCUCCUCUAUCCAGAAAAUGCUGUCUUCCCUUGCCUGAGGGAAUUGAGCAGUGGUCUGAGAAGGCUUGUGAGGAGUUUUCCAGAAUGGCUGAUGACGGUGCAACGAUUUUUAUUCUCGAUGUUAUUGAGGAGGGAGAGACUUCCAAGGUGAAGCUCAUUCUUGAAGGAGUUGAUAUAUCCAUCGAUCUGAUAGGACUCUGUGAAAAACCUGUGGCUACCAUUGAGGAGAGGCUGUCGCCUCUUGGUGAAGAAACAUCGCCAAAUGUCGUGGUGAGUCACGCUGUAUCUCCCAGUGAAUUUUGGCUGCAGGCAGACUGCAAAAUAGCAGAACUUGAAUUAAUGGCAGAGCCCCUGAUAAAUGCCCAGAGUUUUCUUCCAUUGACGACUCUAUCAGAGGGCACAAUCUGUGCAGCUAAAUUCCCCGAGGACAAUCACUGGUAUCGAGCAAAAAUUCUCUGUCACUCAGAAUCUGAGACUGAGGUACUUUAUAUCGAUUACGGAAAUUCUGCUGUUACCAGUGAACUCAGGGCUCUACCAGAGGACAUCAUCAAGAUCCCACACCUGUCCAUGUUCUCUUCUCUCAAACUUCCAGAGGACGUCGAGUGCUGGUCACAAGAGGCUUGUGAGAAAUUCAUCGAACUUGCAGCUGACGGGAUGACCACUUUCGAGUGUGUAGAGAUGGAUGAGGAUGAUCCUAGCCUCGUUAAAUUGUCUCUGAAUGGUCAGGACGUCGUGGAUAUUCUAGCUCCACUCUGCAAGAAGAAAAAACCAGCAGAUAUCGAUGACGAACUGGAAGAGCACGUCGAGAAGAUACAGAACUUGAGCGAGAGUUUUUUGGAUGAGACUUCUGACAGUUUUAUUCACAUCCAGCAGGACGUCAAGGUGGAUCAAACGAAGGAGAUCGUUACUAGAUUAGGAGAGAUGGUCUUUCAGAGUGAGAGCAUCAGUGGGCAUGUGUCCAGUAGCACUUCAGGAAUUGAAGCCACUGGAACUUCUGAUCAAUCUUCAACCAAUAUUUCUGAUAAGCUCGAUUCAUCUCCUGAUAUUACUCUUCAGAAACCUGAGGAAGGGGGCAGCAUUGGGCCAGACACUGUGGAGGGGCUCAGAGAGGAAACAUCUCUUAUGAGAAAGUUUACAGCUGUUAUGAGAGAGCUAACAGCUGAUGAUAUUGUCGAACUGUACUCUCAACCACCUUCUGAAGCACCUGAUGAUGAACUCCGUGGAAGUGAUCCAGUUUCUGAGGAAGCCGAAGCUCCAAGCGAUGGAUCAGCUAAUCAAGAAACUCUGGACAAAGGUAAAAGCAUCAGUGAAAUUUCUGGAGUGGAUUUGAGUACCAUGGAAUCUCUUAAAGACGAUAAAGAGUCCCCAACGAAGGAGAGUCAUCACUCAACCCUUCUAAACGAUCAAAUAACCUCGGAAACAAUUAAGAGUCUCUCUCAACUUGAUUUAACAGAGCCCUCUGCAACUGCAGAACCAAUUAUGGCUUGUGAUGAAGCAGAUUCAUCCGUCAGUCCGAAAAAAAUUUUGAUUAGUGACUUGAGUAAUGUGAACGUUGAUUCAGACAAAUCUGAGGAUUGCAUGGAGCCUCCAAAAUCCCCGGGAACUCCCAAGAUACUUCAUUCCGACAAACUAGUCUCUGGAGUAGUCACUGAUCAUCGAAUUCUCGAAUUCGAGAAGAGGAAUGAUGACGAAAUACUCACUCUCGAGACUGAAAACAACUCGAAGUGAAAAAUCUACUCCACCGUAUUGAAGACAUUAAAUUAAGUCUCACCCUUCCAUUAAAGGAUUAAAUUGCGGUGAGAAGUAGACUAAAAUCAUAAAUGUUAAAUAUCAUUCAUUAUUCUUGUUCCACUGAUUCCUUCUGAUUCUUCAGCUUUAUUUAGUGUAGUUGAGUUCACCACUAGUUUCUUGAGCCACUCUUAGAUGUAUGACCCAGAAUUCAAAUACCAUUUAAUUAAUCAUUUAAUUCGAUCAAUCAAAUUACUUCAAUUAAUGCAAUUAAUUAAGUUAAUUUCACUUAUUGAGUUGAAUUUAUUAUUAAAUGGUAGGGGAAGUGGCCUGAAGAUUAAAAUCAAAGACUGACAUUUUUUCAUCGAAAAGACGUAUUUCUUUUUUUCUUCUUGGUGAUUAGGUGAGUCAUGAAAUUAGUGUCAUAAAGUGGAUUAAAAGGGUUUGUCGAGGUGCUUUCUGUUAAUUUUUUUGUUCAUUUACGUUUUUUUUUUGUUUAUGGUUUACUUCUUUUUUUUUAACCCAAUGGUGUGUAGGAGGAGUGAGGGAAAAAGUCUAGAUAAAUUGAAAGAUUAUUUCGAGAGGUCUUUGUAGAGAGUACAAUUUGCAAAUUCUCUAGAUAUUUUCUGAGAUAUUUGCGAAGGAAAAGACAAAUGAGAUAUUUUUUAUGUUUGAUCCUCACUCUUGUCACUUGUCUGCGGGUUUAUUCGACUUACUCAUUAAUGAAGUCGUAUUUUUUAUUUUGAGAGCAUGAGCACGAGACGGAAAACAUGAUAGAAAGUGCCUGGAGCAUUUUACGAUAUUUAUUAACAAUUAAAACAAUUAUUAAUUAGACACUUGAAUAAGAGAAUGAGGAAGAAUCAAGUAGGUUAGAUUAUGCGGGAGCUGCAAUAAAAAAUGAUAACAAAAAAUAUUACUAGGACAUGAUUAGCACUUAAUAUACGCUAUCAUUUAUUAUGAUGAUUUUUUUUUUAAUUGAAAAUUAAUUUUUCUUGGGAUCAUUUCGGCUUUCUUCUAUUUUAUUAUUUUGGUUGGAGAGUAUUAUAAAAAAUUGUAAUACCCGACUUAUUUCGAACAAAUAAAACAGUUGGUGAUACUUGAAUUAAGUAGUGCGGUUACAAAAGUGACUAAAAAUAUUAUUUAAGUACUAAUUAAUGCGGCAGCUUUUGUUAAUCUAAAAAUGUAUAAAACAUUGAUUGGUGUAACAGGUUUAUUUAGUUCAACUUCGAGAGCAUUUCUUUAUUUUUCUUAAUUCAACCAAAGGGUUCCUUCUGCACCGUCAUUAUGAAGAUAACUUUGUAUACAGCUCAAAUAUAAAUUUUGUAAUAAAAA